UCAGAAGGCUCUGAUGUUGGAGCUGAAAUCCCUGCAGGAGGAGCCAGUGGAAGGUUUCCGCAUCACUCUAGUGGAGGAGUCGGACCUCUACAACUGGGAGGUGGCCAUCUUUGGCCCUCCAAACACACUUUAUGAAGGGGGCUACUUCAAGGCCCAUAUAAAAUUUCCUAUCGACUACCCCUACUCUCCUCCGUCCUUCCGAUUCCUCACCAAGAUGUGGCAUCCAAACAUCUAUGAGAAUGGCGACGUGUGUAUUUCUAUUCUCCAUCCUCCUGUGGAUGACCCUCAGAGUGGAGAGCUGCCCUCAGAGCGAUGGAACCCCACACAGAAUGUCAGAACAAUCCUGCUGAGCGUGAUCUCACUGCUUAACGAACCCAACACCUUUUCUCCUGCAAAUGUGGACGCCUCGGUCAUGUUUCGCAAGUGGAGGGACAGCAAAGGCAAGGACAAGGAAUACGCAGAGAUUAUAAGGAAGCAGGUAAUAUCCACGAAGGCAGAUGCAGAGCGAGAUGGAGUUAAAGUACCAACGACACUAGCUGAGUACUGCAUCCAGACCAAAGUGCCUUCUCAUGACAGUAGCUCUGACCUGCUCUAUGACGAUCUAUAUGACGACGACAUAGAGGAGGAGGAGGAUGACGAUGACGAGGCAGAGGCCAGUGGGAUUGGCAGCGAAAUGGCCGGGGACUGUUUUGGUGACGAAGACGACUCUGGCAACGAGGAAUCUUGACCUCCUUCCACCGUUUCCGUGACACUGACCUUCGCCCUCUCAAUAUUCUUUACCCUGACAGCCUCAUGUUUCAGAUUCUCUUUUCCUGUGCUUAAAGCUUUCUUUUUCCACUCUGUUCCAAAAAACUCAUUACUUAAGAUCUCUGUCCUUUUCUGCACCUCCCCGUUUCUAAGUAAAGAACACUUUGGCUUCAUAAAACCAGUCAUUUUUUGUAACAUUUCACAUCCCACCUUCUCCUGCCUCUUAACCUCAGGGCUUUAGGAUAAUCAAAGCUUGUCAAUCCACCUUAAACAUGUUCAUUUCAAUAUAUUUUUUUUUUCGAGGGCUAGUUCCCUCAUAAUUAAAUUCUGUUGUGAUUUACUCACCCUCAUGUUGUGAGAGAAAUUUUAUUAAGCUGUUUUGACAUUUUUGAGCUGCUUUUCCUUAUAGGUAAUAACCAAACAAUCCCAGGUUCCAAAUACACCUAGUUCCUCUACUAUAUAGUAGGCAACAACAGUACAUAAGA